UCAGCGGUGGCCGGGAGGGGGAUUCGGCCACGAUGCAGGGCCUGGGGCUGCUGCUCUGCGCCCUGCUGUGCGGGGGUGUCAGUGGGGCCCCGGGUGGGAACGAGGAGCUGCGGCUCUACGAGAAACUCUUCGCCAACUAUGACAAGAACACGCGGCCGGUGCUACGCCCCGACGACACAGUGCCCGUGCAGAUAAUGCUCACGCUGACCAACCUCAUCUCACUGAAUGAAAAGGAGGAGACUUUGACCACCAAUGUCUGGAUAAAGUUUGAAUGGGUGGACUAUCGGCUGAAUUAUAGCGACAGUGAGUUCAAAGGGAUCCGCUCCCUGCGCGUCCCCUCCGACAUGGUCUGGCUGCCGGACAUCGUCCUGGAGAACAACAUCGACGGGCAGUUUGAGAUCGCCUACUACGCGAACGUGCUGGUGUACCCUGGGGGAGCCAUGUACUGGCUGCCCCCCGCCAUCUACCGCAGCACCUGUGCCAUCGAAGUCACCUACUUCCCCUUCGACUGGCAGAACUGCUCCCUUGUCUUCCAGUCCCAGACGUACAGCGCUAACGAGGUUGAACUGCAGCUCUCAAUCAAUGAGGAGACGUCCCGCCCCUUUGACGAGAUCGAUAUAGACCCCGCCGCCUUCACAGGUAUGGGGGGGUGGGAAAGAGGGUGUCUGCCAGCCCCCCCCGAACAGACCCCCAAGGGGGCAGGGGGUGUCUCCCACAGCUCCUCCCAGGGGCAAAUGUCUGCCAGGUUCCCCCCAGUGGGGGUCUCCCCGAAGGGCAGGGGGGUGCUCCCCACAGCACCCACUGCCUCCCACCCUGCAGAGAACGGGGAGUGGGCGAUCCGGCACCGGCCGGCCUGGAAGGUGCUGCACCCGGAGCUGGGCCGGGAGGCGCUCGGCUUCCAGGAGAUCCGCUUCUCGCUCAUCAUCCAGCGCAAGCCCCUCUUCUACAUCAUCAACAUCAUCGUGCCCUGCGUGCUCAUCUCCUCCCUCGUCGUGCUGGUCUACUUCCUGCCCGCCCAAGCCGGUGGCCAGAAAUGCACCCUCUCCAUCUCAGUGCUGCUGGCUCAGACUGUCUUCCUCUUCCUCAUCGCCCAAAAAAUCCCAGAGACCUCGCUCAGCGUCCCCCUCAUCGGCAAGUACCUGAUGUUUGUCAUGGGGGUGGCGACGCUGAUCGUGAUGAAUUGUGUCAUUGUGCUGAAUGUUUCCCUGCGAACGCCGAACACCCACUGCAUGUCUGAGCAACUCAAACAUGUGUUCCUCGAGGUGCUGCCACGGUACCUGGGCUCAGCCCUGGAGCCCACGGGGGACCCCUGGGCUGCGCCCCCUGCCCGGCGGCGCAGCUCCUUCGCCAUCAUGCUCAAAGCCGAGGAGUACAUCCUCAAGAAGCCACGCAGCGAGAUUCUCUUUGAGCGGCAGGGCCAGCGCCAUGGGCUCAACAGGACCCCCGCCUGUGACAGGGUGGACGUUGGCGUCACCAGCACCUUGUACAAGAACCUGGCCAGCGCAGCCCCCGAGAUCCGGGCGUGCGUGGAGGCCUGCAACUUCAUCACAGAGACCACGAGAGAGCAGAAUGCUAGCAGCGCGGAGAUGGAGAACUGGGUGCUGAUUGGGAAGGUGAUUGACAAGCUAUGCUUCUGUGCCGCCAUCCUGCUCUUCACUAUCGGCACCCUCGGCAUUUUCCUCAUGGGGCAUUUCAACCAGGUGCCCGACGACCCCUUCCCCCUGCAGCCGGACCCGUAGCCGGGACCCGGCCCUGCCCUCACCCGCCGGGGUACCGACGCACAAUGAGGUAGCCAUGCGGGCAAGUGUGAUGUCUGGAUGGGAGCCCCCCGCCCCACAGCACAGCACCCCCUAGCACCUUGUCCCAGGGCCAGAGUUACCCUGGGGAAAUCACUUGACUUUUACCCACCGCCUUCUGUCCCAAGUAGCUGCAGGCACCACUACAGAGCUGGACUCAGAAAUACUGCUGGUACGGGGGAGGGACGCCGCACCCCAGACACAGACGCAUGUCAGCAGCGGGCGAGGGCUCCCUGUAUAAACUCCACCCCAGACACGGACGCAUCUCGGCACUAUGUGAGGGAUCCCUGUAUGACCAGCUCUCCCCCCCCCCCCCACAUCCCACCCCAGAGGCAGCUGCAUCUCAGCCCCAUGUCUCACCCCUCCAGCCCAACAAGGAGAUUCUGGGGACACAGCUCUUUGGAAGUAGCUCUAGUCACAGCACCUGCUGGGCUAGUGUAGAUGGGCCCUGUGGCUUCCUUGCUCCCAACUCCAGACCACAUCUGGUCCCCCCUCACCUUCCCAACCUUGCUGCUUGGGGCUGGCGCCCUGGGUGUGUGAGAUGAACAUGAUCACACACCAGUUCAAAGUCAGCUGCUCCAGGCCGGGGGUUAACCUGCGUGUCGCCUAGGGUCACCCGCAGUCUGCCGCUUGCUGCCAACCCCCUGGUGUCCGUCCCCAGCACUUCCCUGAGGAAGCCACCCUCUGUUCCGUCUCCCUUCGCUGCUCGCUUCUCCGGCAAGGUGGCCAUCAGCCAGCCCCACACACUGCCCGAGGGGCAAAGCCCCCGUGGGGUGCAGCCUACCUGCACUCAAUUCCACCAGCACAGGGUGAGGUGGUAGGGAUCUGAGCCCUGCACAUUUUGUUACAGCAAAGCAGAAGUAAACACAGAGCGUGCUUUGGUAGCCCGGUCCCAGCUGGCGCCAUGGCUGGCUGAGGUCGCUCGGUCCUGGAAAGAUGGGGCCAGCACUUUCACUUCCCUUUUGUCCACUCCAGCAAAUAAAGUCACGCAUUUUAACUCAGCGGGCAUUUCCAGGCAUGCGUCUAUGAUUGCUCUGCAGGGCAGUGCCUGACUUGACUGAGGAUUGCUGGCCAGUGGGUGCCAAAGGGCUAAAAAGUUGCUGGAGAUAGGAGGUGUCUCCCUCCUAACUCUCUGGGGCAGAUCAAGGGAGGAGCUGGCAAGAACCUAACAAGAAGAAAUUCCGCACUCAAGCGGAAGAUGUGAACUCGGCAGGGGGCUCCGCCGUGAGGCUAGGAUACAGAUAGCCUUUGGAGAGAGACAGGUCUCACCUGGGACAGAGUGAGAGAACCAAGAUGGCGUGGCCAAGACAUGGAGUGACCGAACCUGCGCUUCUCUCCGCUAACAUCAGUAAUAAACCCUGCUCUGUUCUGUUCUGGAAAGGCGGCUGGGCGCCUGGGUCCCUGCAGAGCGGACACGGCUCUCGCAGGGCAGAGCUCACCAGGUGAAGCAGGCUGGAGGCCCGAGGCGCAGGUGACCCUUCGGGGUCUGACCCACUGAAGGCGUUUCUCCCAGGGACUGUUUAUC